GCAACACGCCUAUCAUCUCACUCACACACAGAGAAAGACAGAGGCAGAAGUUCGGCGGCUGGCGGAGAAAUUCAUUCAUCUCAUCGAGAACUUUAUUGAUAACGUCGCCAGAUAGCUAGUUAUUUCAUUCGAUCCGGGUCCCCGAAAGACCCACUGGUGUGCACUUGUUUUGCUUUCCAAGCCCCGGGGCCCAGUGAGAUUUGUCCAGAUCACAAAUAUGUGAGUUUCGAAAGGUUUUUGUGUGACGCGGCCAUAUUUGAAGAGUUUUGUGUGUUGGAUGUGGGGCGAGCUGCGGAAAUUACAUAAAUACAGCGCAGCCUCCCCUAGUGAUACGAAGUAAUGGAUCGCAAGAAGGUCCUGGAGCUGGACAAGAUCUGCCGCCUGUGCAUCUCGGAGAGGAAGGAGAUGCGCCCCCUGUUCAGCGAGAAGGUGCCCGAGAUGCUGAUGGACUGCACCAGCGUGCGGGUGGAGCCCACGGAGGGCUGGCCGGACAAGAUCUGCGUGCAGUGCGUCCACGCCGUGAGCCGGAAUCACGCCUUCAAGACGCUCGUCGAGCGCAGCGACAAGGAGCUGCGCGAGUACAUUCGCGGCCUGACCGUGGCCCUGGUGAUGGAGGAGCAGCAGGCGGCCAGUGCCAAGCAGCAGCAGCAGCUGGAGCGCAAGCAGCAGAGGUUGCUCCAAAAGCAACAGAAGCUCCUCGACGAGCAACUGCAGCAGCAGCAACACCAGAUGAUCCAGCAGCAGCAGCAAACCCCUGCCAAACCCAAGCUGAAGCCGCUGCUCCGGAAGGGAUCGCGCCAGCAGAAGCAGCGGCAUCUGGAGGCGGCUCCGGCUCCGGCCCCGAUCCCACAACCCGCCCCCCAGCCACAGAUGCAGCUCCUGCCCGAACCUGCUCCGCCUCCGCCCACGCUGCAGCAACAGAUCCAGCAGAUCCAACUGCCCACCCUGCAGCCAGCUCCCGCCCAGCUACUGUCCACUGCCGGCACCACCACGACGAUACCGCAGCAGAUUCUGCUCCCCAACGGUCAGUUGAUCACGACGGCCCAGAUUGUGGGUCCGCAGUUGGCUCAGAUCAUCAGCACGACGCAGCAGGCGACGGCCAAUGGACAAGCCACCGCCGCCCAGUCACAGUUUAUGCCCCAACUCCUGCAGACGCCAAACGGACAAACCCUGCAGAUUGUCCAGCAACCCAAUGGCACCCAGACGCUGCAGUUGGUCCAGUUGGUUCCGCAGCGCAGUCUGGCGCCCACUGGGGUGACGACGGUGACCACCACCACCAACGCCACGGACAUGGGCCAGAAUGUAGGUGCUUCUCUGGCGGAUGCGGACGUGCAGUUGCUGGAGGACGGUUGCGACGUGGAGGACGAAGAUCUGGACGAGGUCUACGAACAGCUGGACGGUAAGGGGGAACACAGCUUUGAGACCAUUGUCCUGGAUGACGACCAGCAGCAGGACUUCCUCAAGGACCACCACGAGCACCACCAGGUGAUGACCAACGAGGAUCUCACGCAGAGCGAAAGCCAGGAGCACGAGUACUUCGACGAUUUGGACCAACAGCAGGCGAUGGACGAGGUGGAAGAUGAGGACGAGCAACUCAAGCACGAGGAGGACCAAGACACGUUCAUAAUCGAGGAGAUCCAACUGGAUGACGACGAAAUGCUGGAGGAUCCGGAUGCCGAGGAGUUAGACCAGGAUUGUGAGUACGUCACGGACGACCAUGAUCCGCAUCUAUCCGGCGACGUGGACGAUGACCUGCAGUACGCCAUUAUGGAGCCUCCAGAUGGCGAGGCCAGUGUGGACAUUGACCAGGCCUUCCUCGAUUCGGAGCAGACGCAUCAUCAGCAGCAGCAGCAGGAAGAGCUGCAGAGCAUAUCGCUGGAAAACGCUGUAGUUGAAUUUAGCCAGGCCACCGCGACGACGGACGCCCUGGUGGCCCCCACUCUGAGCGUGAGUUCGGCGAGUCCGACGCCCAAGCGAGCCAAGCGAGGCAACCAGGCUGCUGUCGGCGUAACGCUGGAACCCUGCGACCACCAACCCCCCACCGCUGGACCCACGAUCAGCAGCAAGCUGGCCGCGGCCAACUCCCGCCAGUUGGUGCAGACGGCCAGCGUGAUUGCCGCCGCCGGAGCGGACGACAACUACGAGAUAGACGCUAACCUGGUGACGGAGUUCAUACGGCAGCACACCUCACCGCUGGGCUCGGGUCGGUACAUCUGCCACCUGUGCAGCACCGAGUUCCGGCAGUUCAAGGGCCUGCAGAACCACAUGCACUCGCACACCAACUGGAUACGGGCCAACUGCAAGAAGCAGCCGCAGUGCGAGAUCUGCCUGAAGAGCUUUAAGGGCCCGGGCAUGCUGCGCAUGCACAUGAAGACGCACGACGCGGAGUCCAGCACGCCGGUGUGCACCAUCUGCAACCGCACCUUCAAGUCCAAGGCGAUCCUGUACAGGCACAGGCAGACGCACCAGCAGCGAGCCUACUGCUGCGGCGUGGCCAACUGCCGCAAGAACUUCUCCUCGGCGGUGAACCUCAAGUGGCACGUCGAGCGCAAGCACACGGAGGUGGUGGAGCCGCUCUUCAAGUGCGGCGAGUGUGGAAAUCUGUACGACAGCGUUGACUCGCUGCAGGUGCACGUCGAGAGCACGGACCACAGUGCGGAUGUGCAGAUGGGCGGGCAGGACGAUGCCUUCAGCGGGGCGGUGAGCAUAGCGUGCAACGGCACCACCGACAUGUCCAACAUGAUGGCCACCGGCCAGAGCACGGCAUUGGGCGGAGGAGCAGGCGACACCCACGCCGUGGUCGUGGGCUCCUCCGGCGAGGUGUACUUCGUGACGCAGGCGUAGCCAGCGGAGUUCGCCGCAGCAGUCGCUCCUGGGGAUGCAGAGUGCCUGCUCGGCAUCUAGAUGACGAUGACGAUGACCACUUAGAUGUAACAUAUACAUAUAUAUAUAUACAUACAUACAUACAUAUAUUUUUGUACUACCCCGUCUAGAUAACACUAGCAAUUAGCAAUUAGCACAACCACACAAAUAUUGCAAUCCUAGAUUUCUUUCGUAGAACUUGUUUAGUAGGUCCUAAGCGAUUCACUCGAAUUUUGUAAGCAAAUACGAAACCGUAGGUAGGCAGAUCGCGGAACAGGUCCCCCUCACAUUCAAACGCCGAGUGUAUGAAUCCUGCGGGGACUGUGCCAGUUUUUGUUUUUAAUUUUAUUACCUUACUUACUAUUAUUAUUUUGUUUUUCCCGGGGAAUAUCAGACUGGCAUUUUAGGCUAAACGUAUUUUGGCGUUGGGUUUUCAUUGUUGGGCUUUGAAACGUGAAUAAGUAAAACUGUUUUAACUGCAAGAAAAUAAAUUAACAAACCUUCUAAAAAAAAAUCCACAA